AUGAACGAUCAAACAUUUCGAAAAACUCCAUUACCUCCAACAAGAGUAACUGGUAAUCAUAUGUAUACAAAAUUACAGGUACAUUAUGGUGGUGAUGUUCAUGAUUUAGUAUUAAAAACAGAAAAAGAACCAACUUGUCAAGAUCUUGGAAAAGCAUUAGAAGAUGCAUUUCGUGUAUCAAUUAAUGAUCAAUUGAUAUAUUAUCGUGGUCAACGUCUUCAUCAUCAACAAUCAUUAUCAGAUGAUCGUCCACUAUCACGAUAUGGAAUUUUUCCAGGAAAUUCAGUGACAUUGAUCGGAAAACGAGGCUUACUCUGA